GACGCGAGGGCUAGGUCUUAAGUUUUGCUCAUGCAUCAUUAGACGAUUCAUAUCAGCGUCAAGAUGUCGGGACGAUCAGGCCGUGCUGAGACUCGGAGUCGCGCCAAGGAUGACAUUAAAAAGGUUCUGGCCGCAAUCGAGAAAGUGCGCAAAUGGGAGAAGAAAUGGGUGACGGUUGGAGACACGUCCUUGCGCAUAUUCAAGUGGGUGCCAGUGACAGAAACAAAGCAGAUCUACCGUACCAAAUCUACUGGUGGAGAAGCCAGGGGACUAAAAGAUGUGGUCCUUGAAAACACUAACUCUUUGCCGGAUUUGACUGAUGAAAACAGCAACCAGAGCUUUCUGUCUGACGUUUACCACCCUAAGAUGGAUAACAGCAGCAGCAACUCCAGCUCACAGCACGUCAGCCCUCCACACAGCUCUAGCUUACGAACUGAAGACUCCCAACCACCCAUGCUUGGUCAGGAGAGUGUCGAUGAUCCAGUUCACUCUGGGCAGGAGGGAGCAGAUGAGCCUCCAACUCUGAUCAAGGAGGAUCUUCUGUCAUCAGGAAGUGCCAGACGGAGCGCCAUACACGCAAAGGAAGAAUCGGACGAGUCAGGAGCACCUCCUUUAAAAAAGGUUUGCACAGGAGAAAAUGCUGUGUUAAGAUAGUUUACUUCAUGAAGAUACACACACAACCGAUCCACAGUUAUUUUCACUUCAGCUUAGUGUUCAACCUUCAGGUUUUAAGGCUCUGAUGUAUGCUUCACAUGCACUCACCUUGCACUUCAUUUGGUACAAUUGCACAAUCUAAUCUGGGCUGUAUUAGCAGUCCAAAACUGGUAAUCUAGAAAGAGAUUUAAAGAUUUUAUCCUUUUUUUUUAAUAUAUAUAUUUCAAUUUUGACUGGCCAGUGUACUUUUACAAUGUAUGUAAAUAAUUUUGAAAUUGAAGAUACUUUUAUUAAUUUCCACAGGAUACAUUCUCUGUACACAUGUUUUUUUUGCAUGCACAAAGAGCCUAACCAUAUAAUAUGCACACAUUGUUUGUAUUACAAUGCAAGUAUAGGACAAGGUGCAAGAGGGAAGAUAUUAUGCAACAGUGUCACACCCCUUUGUCCAGUGCCAUGGUUGUGAGUUUCUUGGUAAUUGUCAGGAAUUGGGCAAGCUUUUUUUUAUUUUAAGACAAAUAACUGCUCACAUUGUUGACAAGAAUCGAACAUGCCUGAAUUCGAAUAUUACACAACACCAUGGGCACAUGAAGUCCACAAGAUGUUGUCGUUUGUCACAUCACGUGCCUGUCUGUCCAUAUACUGAAACCCAUACCGCAAAUGUCAGCGUGAGAGGGGACAAUUGUUGCCUAUGGUCUAAUGCAAGAGCGAUGCAAUCCAGUUGAAGAGCUCAGCCUUUAUAGCGACAUGCUAGACUAUCUGGAGUCAGAUGUACAGUAUUCAUUUAAUGGUACAGUAUUAUUGUAGUUUACAGAAGUGUUGGACUGAAUUCAUAAAAAGAGGCAAUUGUGUUUUGACCAAAGCUACACAAGAACAAUAUUAUAAGACACCUCUUUGUGAAGAGUGCAGGUUUACACUGCAAAUUACAGCCACUGAAAUCGGAAAUUGUUAAAUACAUGUCUGGCAUUGUCAAAAACUAAGCAUUAUUUUCUUUAUGAAGACAGAAUUUUUGGUUCUUAUUAGAUUGUGCAACACCUAAUAUUGUGGUUGGUGAGUGUGCAUAGCACAGCAGUGCUUAUUCAUUGCUAUUUCGCAAGUGACAAAGCAACAUUCCCUGCUAAACUUUAAGCUUGUUGACUUAUUUUUAAACUGGAAAGUGUACUGUACCUGGUAUUCACAUGUUGCCAAAAGACAUGUUUGGAAAUUAUACCUGUUAGUGUGUCUUCAUGCUGUUGAACUUUGCCUUUGCAUAUCUCCUAAUCAUUGUGCUUUGUGGUUUUUAGUUGCAGUACACUUUGAAAAUGAGUUAAACGUGUGGCUUUAUGUUUUUAGACACAGUAGUAAUACUAUGGGGUCGAGGACAUGUUUUUGGCUAAACACACAAUUAAAAUGCGUUGUAAAGAAGGAUAUUUAUUACAAAAUGUGCACUUGUUUAUUACAGAUGCUUUGUAAGCCAUAAUAAACAUUACGUUACAUUUCAA